AGGAGGACGCGAACAGGUAGGCUUGGUUUCCCCGCCGCUGGCCGUCGGAGGCCCAGGCUGAACCAUGUCGGAGAUCUUGUGCGAGUGGCUCAACCAAGAGGUGAAGACGUCCCAGACCGUGAGCCCCAAGUCCUUUGCAAAGGCAUUUUCCAGCGGCUAUCUCAUUGGAGAAGUUCUGCACAAAUUUGAACUCCAGGAUGACUUUUCAGAAUUUUCCCAAAGCAAUGUUUCGAGUGCCAAGCUGAAUAAUUUUUCUCGCUUGGAGCCAACACUUCACCUCCUGGGUGUGCAGUUUGAUCAGAAAGUGGCUAGCAACAUUAUCACAGAAAAGCCUGGUGCGGCAACGAAACUCUUAUAUCAGUUGUACACGACUCUCCAGAAAAAGAAGAAAAGUGGACUGACUGGGGCGGAAAUGCAAACCAUGCAGCCCCUGAUCACCAUGCGACUUCAGAACAUCAAAAGUGAGGCUUUCCGAGAUCAACGCUUGAGCAGAAGACGACAAAAUGAAAUAAUGGCCAAAAUCCAAGCGGCUAUCAUACAGAUUCCAAAACCGACAUCAAAUCGUACUCUGAAAGCAAUUGAGGCCCAAAAGAUGAUGAAAAAGAAAAGAGAGGCAGAGGAUGUGGCCAAUGAGAUUAAGGAAUUUGAAGCAUUACUAAAAAAGGAUCUCCAAGCAAAAGAAAGUACACCCAAGCCUUCUUUAGAUUCAGCAGCCCAGACAACUGCCGAUUUGUUAAGCACUUACUCGGAUGACGACUACAUUAAAAAAAUCCAAAAGCGCCUCAAAGAAGACGCGUUUGCACGAGAGCAAAGGGAGAAAAGACGCCGGAGACUGUUAAUGGACCAGCUGAUAGCCCACGAAGCACAAGAGGAGGCUUACCGGGAGGAGCAGCUGAUCAACCGGCUCAUGAGGCAGUCCCAGCAGGAGCGCAGGAUCGCCGUGCAGCUCAUGCACGUCCGCCACGAGAAGGAAGUCUUGUGGCAAAACAGAAUUUUCCGAGAAAAACAAUAUGAGGAGAGGCGACUUAAAGAUUUCCAGGAUGCUCUCGAUCGAGAAGCGGCUUUGGCAAGACAAGCCAAGCAUGAGUUUGAAGAACAAGCCAUCAGAGAGCGGGAAAUUCACGAGCAGAUCGCUGUGGAGAGAGCACAAGCCCUCUACCAGAAGCACUACUUAGCAUGCACAGAGAUUUUGGAUCAGAUACUUGACUUGUCCACAAAAGUGGCAGAAUACCGGCUUUUGACAAAUAAUCUGAUUCCACAUAAAAUUAUGCAUGAUUGGAAGGAACUGUUUUUUCAUGGAAAGCCCAUUUAUGAGCAAGCCUCUAUUAAGGAUCUGCCAGCUAGGCCUUCUGCAGAGCAACUUACAGAAAUGGAGAAAAGGGACUUGCUAGACAACAAUGAUUAUGAAGAGUAUAAGGUACGAACAAAAAUGGAGUAA